AUUUUUCGCCGCCUCUUACCGCAUAGUAGAGCAAAAUCCCAAGGCAGAUGCGCCGCGCAGACCAAUCCCCUAGUCGCCGCGCCUUUUUGGUUCCAGGUGACAGAUACAACCCCACAAAGCCCAACUCACCUUUCUACCACUACUGCCCUUCUCCUCGUCACCCGCGUUUGCAAGCGGCAAACAAAUUGACAACUUCGUUCUCAUCCUUCCCUCCCAAAAACGACCCUGUUUUUUUUUUGCACAGCCCGAUCAUUCUCGCCAAAGUAGCUGCCGGCUACCUUCUCACUGCCCAUCAUGAAGGUUACGUUCAAGGACCUCAAACAGCAGAAGUUUACCCUCGAUUUCGAGCCCACCGACCUGAUCUCGGCCGUUAAGCAGAAGAUCUCCGAUGAGCGAGGUUGGGACCCGAAAAACCAGAAGCUCAUCUACUCUGGAAAAAUCUUGAAGGAUGACGAGACGGUUGAGUCCUACAGGAUUGAAGAGAAGGGUUUUGUUGUCUGCGUCGUGAAUAAGCCCAAGGUCCAAGCUGCGCCCGUCGCCGAGUCUUCGUCGUCAAAUGAGCCACCAGCAACCCCAGCUCAACCUGCCGCUUCCUCUACACCGGCCCCGCCAGCUGCUCCGGCCCAGAGUGCCGCUAGCCAAUCCGCGGUGCCGGCCACUCCGACUCCGGCCCGAUCUGCAGAUGCCCAGGCUGGUGCGCUCGACGAGAAUGCCCUGACUAUCGGGCAACAGCGCGCCGAAGCUAUUGCCAACAUGGAAGCGAUGGGUUUCGAGCGGCCGAUGAUUGAGGCAGCUAUGCGUGCCGCAUUCUACAAUCCAGACCGAGCUGUUGAGUAUCUGUUGACUGGCAUCCCCGAGAAUCUUCAACAGCAGCAGGCCGCCCCUGCACAGCGCCAGGCCGCCGAACAGCCUGCCGCUGCCUCCCCUGCCGGUGCCGCCCCAGCAGGCCUUGACGAUGAUGGCAACGUCAAUCUCUUCGAUUUGGCAGCGCAACAUGGACAGCGUGGCGGCGCCCCGGCUGCCCGCGGCACAGCCAAUCCCGCCGCAGCCGUUGCGGCGGCCGCCGCCGCAGCUGGUCAACAGGGACUCGGCAACUUGGACUUCCUCAGACACAAUGCCCAGUUCCAGCAGCUUCGCCAGGUCGUCCAGCAACAGCCGCAGAUGCUCGAGCCCAUCCUCCAGCAACUCGGCGCCGGCAACCCGCAGCUGGCGCAGCUGAUCGCCCAGAACCCGGACCAGUUCCUGACCCUGCUCGGCGAGAGCGCCGGCGACGACGACGCGCCCCUCCCGCCGGGCGCCCAGGCCAUUUCCGUGACUGAGGAGGAGCGCGAUGCCAUCGAGCGCCUGUGCCGGCUCGGCUUCGACCGCGACCAGGCCAUCCAAGCCUACUUCGCGUGCGACAAGAACGAGGAGCUUGCUGCGAACUUCUUGUUCGACCAGCCCGACGAGGAUGAGGGUGGCCCGCAGUGAGGGGAUCGCUGCUGCCCCUCCUCACGCCCUCCCUACUGUUGUCUCCUGCUUUCUUCGCCUUGAAGCGUGUCAAAGAGGCCGUUGGUUUUUCUGGUUCGGCGGAUAGGGGUCCUCGUCAGGGUCGAAGGGAUUUGAGCAUGGGAGU